GAACACACACGGUCCAAACUCCAAAGACGUAGUAUCUGAGCCCAAAAUUGUUUAUCCCUAGCAUUGUCCUAAAUCGAGAGUUGCCUUUGAUUCCUAGAAUGAUUGAAGGUGGAUUUAGGUCUUCCCCGAGCUUGGGGUGAGCUCCCUGGCGUUCAAUAGUAAACCCAAUCAAAGAAAUUGAAGCCGGACGUUUGAAAUCGCAUAUGCUUAUGCAUUGAGAAACAGAGAUGGACAAGGCCAUCGUGACACUGUAUGAAGGAACGACUUGCUCUGCGUGGAAUUAUAGCGGCCAGAGAUUAGCUGCUGGAUCGAUUGACGGAACUUUGGCUAUAUACGAUUCAACCGACCCCGAUUCCUUUGUUUUCAAUCGCUCUUCGAAAGUUGAGGUCCAUGAGACUGGUUUGGUCAAGGUUGUGUGGGUUCCACCCGAGUAUGGCGAUGGAGUUGCAUGCAUUAGUGAUGAUGGAACUUUGUCCUUGUGGGAGGAGUUGUCAGAAGAUUCUGAGACAGUUCAAUGGGUAUUGUGCAAAUCAUUUGACAGAAACUCAAGUCGUGUUCUAGAUAUUCAAUUUGGAGUCUCUCUCAAUAACCUGAAAUUGGUAGUUGCAUAUUCUGAUGGCCAUGUCAAAAUAUUUGAGCUUCUAGAUCCAUUAAACUUGAAAAGUUGGCAAAUUCAGGCUGAAUUUCAGAAUGCCAUUGAUUCUAUAUCAAAAUUUGGGAAAUGUUUAUGUCUCUCUGCCUCAAUCGCCUGGAACCCUUCAAAGCGUGAAACACAACAGUCAAGUUUUGUUUUGGGUUUUAAUUCUGAUACACCACAGUUGAAUUCCUCCAAGGUUUGGGAAUUUGAUCAGGAUCAUCAGAGAUGGCUUCCAGUUGCAGAAUUAGCUUUGCCAUCAGAUAAAGGCGAUCAGGUUUUUGCAAUCGCAUGGGCUCCAAACAUUGGAAGGCCAUACGAGGUAAUAGCUGUCUCUACUUGCAAUGGGAUUGCAAUAUGGCAUGUUGGUUCAGAACCUGACCCAGAUGGGAGGCUCGCGAUUGAGAGGGUUGCAUUGCUUUCUUCACAUGAUAAUGAGGUAUGGCAGUUGGAAUGGGACAUGAGUGGAAUGACACUGGCUACUACAGGGAGUGAUGGCCUUGUCCGGUUGUGGCAGUCCAACCUAGACGACGUUUGGCAUCAAAAGGCAAUUUUUGAUCCCACCACUAGUUAGGCUUGUUUGCUUGGGAACAAUAUUUUUUAUUAGUGUUUUCGAUAAUUGUUAAGUGGUGCACUUUAGUUUUGAAAACGUUGAAGCUAAAUGCUAUUGCAAGACAGACUUUUCAAAAUCCUAAAGCUAAACGUUGAAGCUAUUGCCAAAUGGGUACUUAGUCAGUAGUUUCUUAUCACCAGAUGUAAUUGUGAUAUUUUUUGGUAACUAUCCUUAAGG